AUCGCCGAGCCGAGCCGUACCGUGCAGCAGGCACAAGCCGCUGGGCGCGCAGGAGAAGCCGCAAAAAAUUACAGCAGCCGCUACUUGAAACUGCAAGGAGAGCAGAGGGAGCGUCGGAACUUCGGUGUGCACGAGGCCAGAGAUCCAAAAUGGGAGGCAAGCUCAGCAAAAAGAAGAAGGGAUACAACGUAAAUGAUGACAAGACCAAAGACAAGGAUGCCAAAGCAGAGGGGGCCUCUGCUGAGGAGAGCGAAGCACCGAAAGACAACAAAGACGAGGUCCCGGCUGCCACCGACGCUAAGGAGGUAGCAAAUGACACAGCGGCCAAGGAGGCGCCGGCAGCAGACGCUGCAGCGCCCAAAGAGGAGGAAAAGAAUGCCACUCCUGCUGCGAAGGAGCCUGAGAAACCUGCUGCCAACGCUGAGCCGAAAACUGAGGCGCCCAAGAGCGCAGAGCCCGCCAAGGCUGAGGAGAAACCAGCUGCCGCUGCCCCGGCCAAAGAAUCGGCCCCUGCCGCCAAGGAGCCUGAGGCCAAGGCCGCGGCACCCGCCCCGGCGGCUGAGAGUAAAGAUGAGGCCGACGCCAAAAAGACUGAGGCCCCCGCGGCACCAGCAGCCAAAGCCGAGGCGGCCCCCGCUGCCUCCCCUGACCCCAAGCCCACAGAGGCGGCUGCGGCUCCCGCACCGGCAAAGGAGGCCGCCGCAGCCCCUAGUUCAACACCAGCCGCCGAGCCUCCCGCCAAGGAGGCGAACGCCACAGAGGCACCAAGCAAGGAUCAAACCGUAGCAGUUCAAGAUUAAUGGACAGCUUCUUUUCGGAAAUGAAAAAUAAAGUACCUAACUCAACGACGAUGACGAUUAAAAAAGAUGAAAUUAACUAGCCCACCCAUAUUAUGAUAAUAACAAUAAUAAUAAUAAUUGUAAUGAUACUGAUUUGUUGAUUGAGGAGGACUGGAGCAACCACCUGGAGAAGUUUCCCACCGCUGCAGAUGAUUAUUGCUAUUAUUAUUGUUAUGUUUUAUUCUAUUUUUUUCAGCUGUAGUAUUUGAACUUUGAUACGAGUCUGUCGGCCAUACGCCUCGCCAUCCCACAUCCAUCAUCCCUCUCCCUCAUACAGUCAAGAGGUUUAGCCUGACUCCCAUCUCAGCUCACAGUAGGUCUGCGUUCAAACAUUCACCGGCACCCUCGGCUCUGUGGACGGCACUAUAUCAAAAUUUGGGGGAAUGGGACAGAGGGAAGGAGGGGGGUUGAGAAAUCUUUGUACCAGCUGGACUUCCAUUGAAUCUGUCCACUCUUCAUCCUCCUCUUCAGAGAUUCAUGCUCUCAGCUUUGGCCCGGUACCUCCAAUUUUUCUUUGCCGUGGAAGUGUGGCUGUGCCCUUUUUCAACCCAUCCUCCCCCAACUUUUUGGAAUCGUUGGGUUGUGUUGCUACCCUUUUUCCUCUUGUGGUGACAUGCCACUUUCUCUGCACGGCGAAAACUGAUAGGAACCUUCAAAUCGAGUUUAACUUUAUUGUGAGGACUGAGAAUGUUCAGUCUUUCUAAGACAUUUCAGGGCUUGAAAAAAGGCUGGCUUUGCAGAGCAAACAUUCUUAGACGUGUAAAACAAGUCGUAGGAAUUUUUCAGAUAAACUUCUAGAUUUUGUACUGAAACCCUUAGCUAUAUUGUAAGUGAACUAAGUGGUUUUUUAACAUUUGUAAUACACUUAUAAAAUCUGCAAAGCCUCGCUGAAAAGAUCUCUGCAGUGUUCUUAGAAAGUCUGAUAGAAAUCUCUGAUCCCCCGUCCAAAUCUGAUGACAAAUUUUUAAAAGACAUAUCUACUGCUGACCUGGGUGAAACAGACUUUACAAUCAUGCCUUAUUAGAGUUGGUUUGAUCUUGCUUAGAAGACCAAAUUGGUGACGUUUACUGCUUCAACAAGAGACGUCAUGAGUUUGACUCUUUUCUGUGAUUGUUGUCGGUUUCGAGACUGUGUUGCUGGAAAAGUUGCAUUCUUGAAAGUAGACAUACUUACAUAUAGUGUAAGUAAAAGUCCUACAUUCUGCUUAAGUCAAGUAAAUAUACUUAAGAAGUGAAAGUAUAUUGUGGAAGUAUAUUGAUAUAGUGGACAGUGAUGGAAAGUGUUAACAUGUGCUUACCACAUUGCAUUUGAAAAGAAAAUCACAGGAUGAGAGGAAAACCUCCUAAAAUGCCAAUUUCUGGGAUUUUACAAUUACAUUUGGGAAUGAAAUAAUGAAAUUAUUGGAAAUAUUUGGAGAUUCUCUUGUUUCCAGAUCAUUUAAAGCACUGCAUGCUUAUAUCUCAGCCAACAUUUGUAUGUGGGGCCUUUGUGGGUAGAAAAUGUGCUGAAAAACUGGCCCUUUAUGGGAUAUGUUGAAGAUUUUUAGUCAUCCAGGUCAUGGUGAUACAGAACUGAAGAUGAUGAGAGAAUUUCCAUGACCUGGAAGACUGAAAAUCUCCCAGUCAUCUUCACCUUUGACUGGUAUGACAAUCCCAAUCAUAGGGCCCAUUUUUUUUAGCCCAUUUACAACCCAAACACCACGCUGGGAUAUAUAUAUAAAACCCCUCCAAUCUUUUAUGUCAUCAGAUCAGAUUAUGGGGCAGAGUAGAUGUCUGGCAAUUUUAUGCCCAAACAUAAUGACUUUGUCAAACUUAAUACUCGUGGGAAUUUGCCACAAUAGUAGAACAUUAUCACUAAAUGUGAUUCAACUAUAUAAUGAAAAACGUCAACCAGUUGAUCCAUUUUAAAUCGGCAUAUUCAGUGUCAUAUGAUUAAAGCAGGAACAAAGCAGUCUGUCCUCCGUUACAAACCUCUCCAGUUUGGUAUCAAAGCAGGUGAGAACGCCUCAGACGAGAUCGGGUGCCGUUCGGCCCAGUUCGGAGUCUCCGUGACUUUCCGUCAUCAGCAGUCUGAUCCCACGGAGGACCGGAGGGGGGAUCUCUGUGAAUGAUCAUCAGCGACCUACUUGAUCUACUAUGGUCCAUGUUUCCAAUGGCAACCGUAUGCCACGCUAUCAUUAUGGGAUGGAAAAACCUUGCACAUGAAAAGGGAGCUUCUGAUUUUGUCAUUUUCACCACUCAUGCAUUUUCUUUUACUUUUCAAAAAAUAUAUAUUAUGUAUGUGUACAUACGUGCAGAGAUGGAAGGAAAAAGGUACAUCUUUAACUCAAGUGAAAGCAAUAUUAUUGUGCAAAAUACUCCGUUGCAGUCCUUAUAUUUAUAUA